GUGUUAUUUAUAUCGGCCAGUAGACAACAGCCCGCCUAAUCUACAAAAGGCCAUUCCUCCGCGCCCCACUGUCCAGCUGCACUCGGGAUCUCCUCCGUCCAGCAGCGCUCAUGGCACCAAAGAAAGCAAAGAAGAGGUCAGCAGAAGGAGCGAACUCCAAUGUCUUCUCUAUGUUUGAACAAGCUCAGAUCCAGGAGUUCAAGGAGGCAUUUACCAUCAUGGACCAGAACAGAGAUGGAUUCAUUGACAAGAAUGACCUGAGGGACACGUUUGCAGCUCUAGGCCGGCUCAAUGUGAAGCAGGAGGAGAUUGAUGAGAUGCUGAAGGAGGCGUCGGGGCCGAUCAACUUCACCGUCUUCCUCACAAUGUUCGGAGAGAAACUCAAAGGAGCCGAUCCAGAGGAAACCAUCCUCAACGCCUUCAAAGUGUUCGAUCCCGAGGGGAAGGGAAUCCUGAAGAAGGACUUUGUGACUGAGAUGUUGACCACACAGGCCGACCGGUUUUCUGCUGAGGAGAUGGAGCAGAUGUUCAACGCCUUCCCUCCAGACGCUACGGGAAACCUGGACUACCGCAAUCUGGUCCACAUCAUCACUCACGGAGAGGAGAAGGACCAGGAAUAGUCCACUCGUUCCUCAGCCAAUCACAGCACUCCCUGUGUGUUUGUUCCCGCCCAAUUGUGUAAGACUGACAGCCUCAGCCAAUCACAGCGCUCCCUGUGUGAGGCUGACAGCCUCAGCCAAUCACAGCGCUCCCUGUGUGUUUGUACCCGCCCACUUGUGUAAGACUGACAGCCUCAGCCAAUCACAGCGCUCCCUGUGUUUUUGUACCCGCCCACUUGUGUAAGACUGACAGCCUCAACCAAUCACAGCGCUCCCUGUGUGUUUGUACCCGCCCACUUGAGUAAGACUGACAGCCUCAGC